ACACGCCCCCGAGUUUUUAGAUCUAGGCGCUAGGUUCUAGUAGCUUCGCAGUUCGCCGCCUCUCUCACGAAAGUCAUGCUUCGACUAGUAGGCGACGCCAGCAACCUCUAGGCUGCUGGUAGGUACCAGACAGCACUAGUAGCUGCUGCAGGCACGGCAGAUCCGCGCGGCGCUCACGUGUUCGCUCCUUAACUUCAAAGCCCGUGCGAAUCUGUGCGAGUCUGUGCGAGUCUGUGCGAUUCGGUGCGAUUCGGUGCGUGUCGGCGCGAGUCUGUGCGAGUCCGUGCGAGUCUGUGCGAGUCUGUGCGACCUCAGGGCGAUGGAGUCCAUCGCAAGCCUUUCCCAGCGAGCGCCAUCCUUCCGUGUGGCGGUUCGGGCCGGGCGCUUCGCCUCGCUCGCGGACGAAACAAGAUCGAGAGGCUGUGCGGAUCCUUUUUUUAGUCGUAGGGCCGGGCGGGUCGCUAACGGCUUGCUCGCGGACUCGCCGAGAGCGAGAGGCGGUGCGAGGCUGGCCCCGAGAUGCGUCGUGGCUACUAAGUCGCGCGAAGAGCAGCGCGGAGAUCAGCGCGGAGAGAAGCGCGGAGAGCAGCGCGGAGAGCAGCGCAGAGCGCGGCUGUGCGGCGGGGCUCCACAUCAGCCGCGCGGGGUGGCUUUAGAUUCACCCGUGCUUCGUUUCAAGCCUCAGGCUGUUUCAAGGCGCCUCGAACCAGGCGAGCAGCAGACGAGUGAGCAGCUGAGGAAAAGGCAGCAGGCUGAGCCCAAGCUACACCGGGUUAGCGGAGACUCCACGAAUGAAGACCGGCGGGGAGUACCGUUGGAAACGAGGCGGGGCGCGAAGAGCAUUGAAGGCCAUGAUCCAACACACGUGCUAGUGAUCUUUGAAUCGACUCAAACAUCUCCUGCGCGCCAGGACCCAACGCACGCGCUCUCCGCUGGCAGCCCCGCCGUAGUCAGGUCUCCUCGUAGGGCCGCGCGCGCCGGGGCGCGGAGAGAGCUGAAGUCGCGGCGGAAUAAGAGGACCUGUUGUCCGUCGCCCCCGCAGGUGCCUUGGGAGCACGCCAUUUAUCCGGGCUUGUUGUCCCCAGCUCCAGCUUCCAGCUGCGCCCUGCCAGAGAGAGGUCGAUAUUCGCGGCUCGACGAUGCAGCACGCCCCCAAGGCAGAAGCGCGAACGCAUGUGCCCUGCCAGGGAGAGGUGGAUAUUCGCGGCUCCUGAGUCGGGACGAGGAGAUUAAGUACGUGCUGGCCGUUCAGGCGGCGCGGCGAUUAAGGAGGUCGCGAGGAGGGCGUGGGAGAGCCGAGGCGCCUGAGGAGGAGGACGAGAGGGAGAGGAUGGGGGGGGAGGGGAGGGAGAGGAGGGGGAGGGGAGGAAGAGAGGAGUACGAGAGAGAGGAGAGGGGGACGGAGGGGAUGGAGAGAAUAUUGGCUGCGAAUGGCGGGAUGGUGGUGAGCCUGGCGCAGAGAUAUGCGAGGGGGGGAGUGACAAUGGGGGACUUGAUCGCGGCAGGCUACCGGGGGCUUGUAAAGGGGAUAGAGAGAUUCGAUCCUGGCCGUGGAUUUAGAUUAUCUACGUACUGCUAUUGGUGGAUCCGACAUGCCGUCAUGCAGUCAGCCAUGGACCAGUCAUGCCUGAUCAGGCUCCCUACGAACUUGCACCGUCAGCACUCUCACCUCCGCCCUCAUCGUGCACAGCCAUCCACGUCAGCAUCGUCCUCCGCGUCAGCGCAGUCCACGUCAUCGAAGCAAUUGAAGUUCAAGGAGAGACGCAAGCUUACCCCUGCGUCCGUUUACUGGCCUCAGCCGUUGGAGGACCGGGUGGGGAGAGGGAGGGGUGGGGAUCACGACGGAGGGGAGAACAUGGGGUCCACCAUUGCGGACCCCUCUAUAGAGUGCCCUGAGACUCGGUACAUGCAGCAGGAGCUGCAGGGCGCUCUGAAGCGCGCCGUUCUAGAGCUGACAGACCAGGAAAGGGCAGUCAUUCAACUCAGGUUCGGCCUGCCGGAUUCUCUCCUGGCAGAUUGCCGCCCAGAUUAUUCUCUCCUCGGGGAUUGCCGUCCGGAUGAUUCUCGCCUCAGAGAUUGCCGCCCAGGUUAUCCCCUCCUGUCAGACUGCUGCUCGGCUGAUUGCCACUGCAGGGGAAGCGGGCACGGGAGCAGCGCAGGGUGGCAGAAGGGGCGGCAAAGCAUCGUCUCUUGUGCGAAGCAGGGUGGGGGGGGCAGUGGGCUGGGGAAGAGGCUGGAGGAUGUGGGGGAGCUGGUGGGGGUGUCGGCAGGGCGAGUGCAGCAGAUACAGGCAGUGGGGUUGGGGAAGGUGCGGAGGAGUAUGGGGGGGUGGGAGUCUUGGGGGAAUGCUGGGAAUUUCUGGGGGAGAGUGGAUUGAGUAAAUCUAAGAGGUGGGGGGUGUCGGCAGGGCGCAUGCAGCAGAUACAGGCACGGCGAGUGCAGCAGAUAGAGAGGGAUGGGUUGGGGAAGGUGAGGAGAAGUAUUAGGGAGUGGGAGGCUUGGGGGGGUGUUGGGCAUGUCGGGGUUGGAGUGGAUUGAGCGCUGCUGGGAAUGUGUGGGGAAUAAGAGCGCAGCAGAUACAGAUGGUGGGGUUUGGGAAGGUGUGGAGGAGUAAAGAGGGGUGGGAGGGGUGUGCGCAGGCAUGGGGAGGCUGAGAAGCCGGAUGGGCGGAUGGAAGGGAAGUGUGCGGGAGUGCUGGUGUGGGGAGGGAGGAUUUGGAGUGGUGCAGAGGGAUUUGGGCUGUUUCAUCUGAGUUAAUGAAAAUAUGGCUUGUGCCUGUUGGGUUUUGUACGCGUUAUGGCUUGUGGUGCCACAGUCG